AAAUAUGAAUAAUGAAUCAGAAUCGCUUGAUUUUGUAACCUUACUUUUAUCUACUUUUCUAGUCAUCAAUUUCUUGUCUCAUCUUCCAAAGUAACCAUUCCAUGUGCAUGUUCAUCCAUUAUAUAUACUUGCAAUUUGCAAAAAUCACAAACUAUAGAGUGAGUGAAGAUCAUCAAGAUACACACACAAAGAGUGAGUGAAGAUAUGGCAGAUUGGGGGCCAGUUUUUGUUUCAGUGGUGCUUUUCAUUCUCUUGACUCCUGGUUUACUCGUUCAAAUACCUGGUAAAGGCAAGAUGGUUGAGUUUGGAAACUUUCAAACUAGUGGAUUAUCUAUACUCAUUCAUUCUAUUAUAUACUUUGCUUUAGUUUGUAUUUUCUUGUUAGCUAUUAGAAUUCAUAUGUACAUGGGGUAACUUAUUUAUCUCAUUACAUAUUUAAUUUAUGAAUACAAAGAUUAUUCAUUGUUUCAUAUCUUUUGGUUUGAACUUUGAAUUGUGUUGGUUUUUUUGUUUGUUUUUGUUUUGGU